GAUAGAGAGAACAGCACAUGGCAGCUGCCGGAGCGCACCGAGUUAUCAUCUAUGGAGGAAAAGGUGCUCUGGGCUCAAGAUGUGUCCAGUAUUUCAAGUCCAAAGGCUGGUGGGUCGGGAGUAUUGACAUCGCAUCAAAUGAAGACGCGGACGCGAACGUGCUCGUCCAGCUGUCUGACUCUUUUACCGAUCAAGCGGAGCAGGUGACAGCAGAUGUCUCUCGCUUGCUGGGGGAGACAAAAGUGGGCGCCAUCCUGUGCGUGGCUGGUGGGUGGGCCGGCGGAAAUGCCAGCGACACAGCUCUGUACAAAAGUGCUGACCUGAUGUGGAAGCAGAGCGUCUGGACGUCCGUCAUCGCUGCUCACCUGGCUACAAAGCACCUGAAGGAAGGUGGCCUGUUGACCCUGCCAGGAGCCAAGGCAUCGCUGGCCGGAACUCCCGGUAUGAUCGGAUAUGGCAUGGCCAAGGCAGCUGUUCACCAGCUGUGUAAGAGUCUAGCAGGGGACGACAGCGGCCUGCCCUCCGGCGCCGUGGCAGUGGCCAUCCUACCCGUUACCUUGGAUACUCCAAUGAACAGGAAGUGGAUACCGGAUGCAGACUUCGGUUCCUGGACACCGCUGGACUACGUGGCCGAAACCUUCUUCAACUGGGCAACAGGGAUGGGCCGCCCACUGUCAGGAAGCCUGAUGCAUCUGGUGACGUCCGGGGGAAAGACAGUAGCCACGCCUGCACUGUAGCAAGGCGAGGGGCAAGAGUGCAGCGAUGGUGUUCCUCCCGGCCUGCAGGGGGCAGCACCUCCCACAGUCCAUUUAGCGUACUUGCUAGGUGUCACAAAAACCACGGAACCAAAAAAAGAAAAAAAAGAAACCCGCUGUCACAUGUUAAACGUACAAAACAUUCCAGGGGAGUGGCCUUACAGUGUUUACACCUGCGGUGGGCGUGUGCAUGAUGCGUGUGAUUAGGGAAGGAGGGUGGAGUGUGAAACGUUGUGACCCAUAAUGUUACAAGUUGAAGUGGUUUUUAGUCAGAGUGAUGCGGUUUUUAGUUUUUAACAAAG